AACAGAACAGAACAGAACAGAACAGAAGAGAAGAGAAGAAAGAGAAGUGACUUUGUGUGUGUUUCUAGAGAGAGGAAGAGAGAGUCCUUUGUUUGUGGGGGAUACAUAAUCAGGAGAAAGCGAGAAGGAGAGGCCACAAUUUACUUAGCAAAAUCCUCAUCCAAAGGCGAAAUCAAAACCCUAUCAUCUCCCAAAUCUUCGCCACUUUUCUAUAUCAUCUCGCUUUUUGCAUGGCUACCAUUGUUUCUUAGCUUCUUCUCCCUUAAAACGAUAAUACAGAGUUUAAUUCAAUCAAUUGUUCCGGAGAGAAGAAGGAUUAGCAGAGAGGAUGGCCCCAAGGCCAGGCAGGGGCAAGGGAAAUAAAUCGAAGAAUGAGAAGAAGAAGAAGAAGAAAGAAGAGAAAGUUGUACCGAGUGUUGUUGACAUAACCGUCAUCACUCCAUACGAAACUCAAGUUCUGCUCAAGGGGAUAUCGACUGAUAAAAUUCUGGAUGUGAAGAAGCUUUUGGCAGUUAACGUUGAAACAUGCCACCUGACAGAGUACUCUCUAUCUCAUGAGGUUAAAGGACGUAAUAAAUUGAAUGAUAAGAUGGAGGUUGUUGGACUGAAGCCAUGUUUGCUGAGAAUGGUUGAAGAGGACUAUAGUGAUGAGUCACGUGCCAUGUCCCACGUGCGGAGGCUCCUUGAUAUCGUCGCAUGCACUACGCGCUUCGCCAAGCCUAAGGGCGGUGCCGGCGGUGGUGGAGCGGAAUCUCGUCCGAAGAAAAGUAAAGUGCAGCAAAGCACGGUAGUACCAGCGGCGCAAGAUGGAGAAUCUCGGCUGCCGGAGGCUACGGAGUCGGUGGUUAGGGGGAAUUACGAAAUGGUGGCGAUUCACCCAAUUCCGAAGCUGUCGGAUUUCUACGAGUUCUUCUCUCUUUCGCACCUCUCUCCGCCUAUACUACAUUUGAAAAGAGUGGAAAGUAAAUACGGAGAAACAAGGCGAGAUGGUGAUUAUUUCGAAAUGCAGAUAAAGAUAUGCAAUGGGAAGAUCAUACAAGUGAUGGCAUCUGCAAAAGGUUUCUAUACUUUGGGGAAACAAUACUUGCAGAACCAUUCUCUGGUGGAUCUACUGCAACAGCAAAGUCAAGCUUUUGCCAAUGCAUAUGCAUCCUUAAUGAAAGCAUUUGUCGAACACAAUAAGUUUGGUAACCUUCCAUAUGGUUUCCGUGCUAAUACCUGGCUUGCUCCUCCAUCAAUGGCUGAUUCUGCGUCUCACUAUGUGCACUGGGGAGGAAAUGGUGGAGGUCAGGGUAGAAAGGGAGAAUACGAUCAUAGACCAUGGGCGACGGAUUUUGCAAUAUUGGCAAGCCUACCUUGCAAAACAGAGGAAGAGAGAGCUAUUCGUGAUAGAAAGGCUUUUUUGGUCCAUAAUCUAUUUCUGGAUGUCUCCAUUUUCAAAGCAGUUUCUUCCAUACAGAAAGUCGUAGACUCUGCUGCUAAGACUGCAUCAAAAAUUUCUCCAGGUUCGGUGGUGCAAGAGACACGUAUUGGAGACCUAUUUAUUACAGUCAAACGAGAUGAGCCAGAUUCUAGCUCGAAAAGGGAACUUAAGAUUAUUGGCAGCAAAAUGAAUGAAUCUGUGAAGGAAGUUUCCCAGAGAAAUACACUAAAAGGAGUAACUGCCGAUGAAAGUGUUGUUGUCCAUGAUACUUCUUCUUUGGGUGUGGUUGUUGUUCGGCAUUGUGGCUACACAGCCACAGUAAAGGUUGUUGGUGAUAUAAAAAGCGGAAGGAACUUGAAAGAUGUUGAGAUUGAGGACCAACCUGAUGGAGGGGCCAACGCUCUUAAUAUUAACAGUUUACGCGUAUUGCUUAACAUGCCUAGUGUGGAAUCACCAGUCCGAGGACAAGCUCUUCAUUCUGAUUGCAUGGAUGUUGAGACUUCGAGAUGCCUGGUCCAGGAAGUAAUGAAAGAUUGUCUUAUAAAGCUCGACAAGAAUCCUGCAACAGUAGUAAAUUGUAUCAGAUGGGAACUUGGUUCUUGUUGGGUUCAGCAUCUACAAAAGCAGGAAACACCAACAGAUAAUAACUCUGCAAGCCAUAAAGAUGGUGAUAAGGUUGAGCCUGUGGUUAAGGGACUUGGGAAGCAAUUUAAACUGCUAAAGGCAAGAGAAAAGAAAUCUGCCAGUGAUGGCAAUGAUGAACAAAAUGCUGGAUCCAGCAGUGUAAGCAAGGAAGACAAUUCAGAAAAUGGGAAAUUCUGUAUGUCUGAUUGUGAGUUGCUAAAAUUUGUUUGUGAAGAUGCUUUCUUGCGAUUGAAAGAUACUGGGACUGGGCUUCAUACAAAGUCAAUGGAUGAACUGGUCAAGAUGGCUUUUGCGUAUUACGAUGAUGUUGCUUUACCCAAGCUGGUUGCAGACUUUGCAUCACUUGAACUUUCUCCGGUCGAUGGCCGUACACUGACUGAUUUCAUGCAUCUUAGAGGAUUACAGAUGCGUUCUUUGGGUCGUGUGGUCGAACUUGCAGAUAAGCUUCCGCAUAUAGAGUCUCUUUGUAUACAUGAAAUGGUUACUCGAGCUUAUAAGCAUGUAGUUCGAGCUGUUAUUGCUUCUGUCGAGAGCAUGGAUAACAUGUCUACUGCUAUAGCCACAACUUUAAAUUUCUUACUGGGAUCUUACAAUGCUGAAAGCAGUGAUCAAACUCUUAAAUUCCAAUGGUUGCGGGCAAUUUUGGACAAAAGAUUUGGUUGGAAAUUGAAAGAUGAAGUACAACAUUUGAGAAAGUUAUCAAUUCUGAGGGGCAUUUGUCAUAAGGUUGGGUUAGAACUGGUGCCUAAGGACUAUGAUUUGGAAAGCUCCACCCCGUUUACAAAAUCUGAUAUUAUCAGCAUAGUGCCCAUUUGCAAGCAUGUGGGUUGCUCUUCUGCUGAUGGGCGAACUCUCCUUGAAUCAUCGAAGAUUGCUCUAGAUAAAGGGAAGCUGGAAGAUGCUGUUAAUUAUGGAACAAAGGCUCUUGCAAAGAUGAUAGCUGUCUGUGGUCCUUACCAUCGUACAACUGCUGGUGCUUACAGUCUUCUUGCUGUUGUCCUGUAUCACACUGGAGACUUUAAUCAGGCAACUAUAUAUCAGCAGAAGGCAUUGGAUAUCAAUGAAAGAGAGCUGGGGCUUGACCAUCCAGAUACGAUGAAGAGCUAUGGGGAUUUAUCUGUAUUUUAUUAUCGCCUUCAGCAUAUUGAAUUGGCUCUGAAGUAUGUCAACCGAGCAUUGUAUCUUCUCCAUUUCACAUGUGGGCUUUCUCACCCAAAUACAGCAGCUACUUACAUAAAUGUAGCUAUGAUGGAAGAAGGAAUGGGAAAUGUUCAUGUUGCUCUCAGAUAUCUACAUGAAGCCCUUAAGUGCAACCAAAGACUAUUAGGAACGGACCACAUACAGACUGCUGCUAGUUAUCAUGCCAUAGCCAUAGCUCUUUCAUUGAUGGAAGCAUAUACUCUCAGUGUGCAGCACGAGCAAACUACUUUACAAAUUCUUCAGGCUAAACUAGGAGCAGAGGAUCUUCGCACUCAGGAUGCUGCUGCAUGGCUAGAGUAUUUCGAGUCAAAAGCAUUGGAACAGCAAGAAGCAGCACGCAACGGAACCCCAAAACAAGAUGCAUCUAUUGCCAGCAAAGGUCAUUUGAGUGUGUCAGAUCUCCUUGAUUUUAUAAGUCCAGAUCAGGAGUCAAAGGCCAUUGAUGCUCAAAGGAAGCGACGCUCAAAGGUUACUCAACUCGGUGAUAAAUCCCCUAGAGAGCAGCGAGAGGAAAAGAAAGAAGAACCAAUUAUCAGUGAAAGUAUCAAAAUAAGUGCUGUAGUGGAGGAAAGUAGCAGUAAUCCGGACAAGGUAGAUAGUAUAUCCUCCGAAGAACAUGUCAAGGUUGCUGAAACCAGAUAUGAUCUUCCACCCUCUGAUCAACUUGUCCAAGAAGGAAAGUCAGAAGAAGGGUGGCAGGAAGCUACAUCGAGAGGACGUUCUGGAAAUGGUGCUACAAGAAAGUUCAACAGAAAGAAUCCAGAUCUUGCCAAGUUAAAGAUUAAUUCGGCACACUCUCACUAUAAGGACGUCAGUUACAGGAAGGAGGUUGUUUCUCAGGGGCAUAAUAAGGUUACACUUAAGACCGUUUUCGCUGAGGCGUCUCUAAUAAAACAAUCUGGCACUGUAAGCUUAAACAAUACUGAUGAUUCAAGUAAAGUGCCCCUGAAGAUUUCUGGAACCAAAAGUUCUCCAUCUUCAGCAUCCAAAGUAUCUCUACUUCCUUCCACCCCUACAGCAUUAGCUUCGAAGUCGGUGUCGUACAAAGAAGUAGCAGUUGCUGCGCCUGGUACAGUUCUAAAGCCCUUACUGGAGAAAGUUGAAGAGUUAAGUGAGGAAAAAACUGACCACCAGAUAUACCAUAGUCCAAAAGAGAUAACCCAGCCUGAAGAGAGAGAAGGGGGUGCUCUAGAUGACUCCUUACCAGAUCGAGAAGAGGCAAAAGGAGACAAUGAAGGCGACACACAAGAUACUGUAUCUGAGUUGAUGCAUGCCCCUGCAGGUAUUCAAGAUCAGGAGAAAACUCUAGAGGCAAAUGGAAGCAAACUCUCAGCUGCUGCUCAGCCAUUCAGUCCAAGUGCCUUUACUUUGCCACUUACACUGCAAUCAACUGCUGCCACUAGCGUUUAUGAUGCCAUAGCUAGCCAAGGCACUCUCAUCGAACCAGUGGGUUUCCCUUCAGUUGCUGCUCCAGUUCCUUGUGGUCCUAGAUUAGCGAUGUAUUAUAGAGCGAGCCAGAGUUUCCGGAUUAGACCUGGAGUUUUGAGUUACCAAAUCCCUGUUAUUGAUAGAGAUGGUGCUGCCUCUCCAAAGACAAUGAACCCUCAUGCUCCUGAAUAUGUUCCUAGAAGAACAUGGCAAUUUAACCCAGCUACAGAAGAUUCAAAUCCAAUGAUUGAUUCUGAAAAUCCUGUUGUUGGUGCUGGUGCUAAGGUUGAUAAGCUCAAUGAGAAAGUUACAACUGGUGUAAGAGGGGAAAGACCGAGGAGAACCAGUUCUGAUGCAGAGAAAGCAGAGCUAGCAAGGCAGAUACUGCUCAGUUUCAUUGUAAAAUCUGUGCAGAAUACUUCAGAUCCUCCUUCUACAGCUGUAGUUACUGACAAGAAGCAUGACUAUCCGACUAAUUCAGCUGAAGCAAUUGCAAAUGACAGUGCAAUCAUAAAGAUAUUUUAUGGCAAUGAUGAAAAGAUGCCAAGGCCUGAGAUAAACAGUGAGAGGCAGAAGAUUGCCGAUGUAAAUAAAAAUAAGAUCAGUGAUGGGGAGGGCUUUGUGCUGGUCACAAAGCGGAGGAGGAAUCGGCAACAGUUCAGAAAUGGUGUGAAUGAGCUGUGCAGUCAACAAUCAAUCUGUGCUUCAGUUCGUUGAAGAGAGAAUAACGUUGGAAAGAGAGGAAUAAGAAUAAGUCGUUUCGGGCUCUGCAGGAAGGAUGCCAAAAAUACAUCCUCACAAAGGUAAUGUGUACUUGAUCAUUUCAGAUAGCACUCUAGUGGGUUUGAUGGGUAGACAGACAGAGAGAGAGAGAGCGAGAGAUAGAAGUGUUUAGUGAGACUUAAGUUCUCUUAUCUUGAAUUUUUGGCUGAUUGUAGUAAAAAUUAUGUUUUUCAUGUCUUCUCAAGUUCAACUUUAGAGCUACCAGUGUUAUCCUGACUUGAACGAAUUCAUUCUUGUACUAUGAAAUAAAGUUUCUCAUGGAUAUCUGAUUUUGGGAAAAAUAAAGAACAACUUGGCUA